AUGCGUCUAAGCUCACCCAGCAACUGGACUGUUAUGGCAGUUACAAGGAUCCGAUUUAACGCUGCAAUGAAGGCCCAGGACAUUGAAAGAGAGACAUUCCUACCUGUCAGAUCCCGCUUUCAGCCAUACGCCGACUACUGGGCGUUUUGCUGCGCAUUCACUCUUCUGUGGGUCCAAGGAUAUGCCGUCUUUCUCAGCGGCAACUGGAGCACCGCAACUUUCAUCUUCAAUUACGGUAUUAUUGCUCUUGUAGGUAGUAUCGGCCUUGGGUGGAAGCUGUUCAAGAAGACUCGGGUUCGUCGUGCUUCGGAGGUCGAUCUGGUUUCGCACUUGCACUUCUUCGACGCUCUCACAGAGCAUUACCGUCACGAGCGAGCGUCUGCACCUCAGAACCUGAAGAACAAGAUCGUUGCAAAGAUCUUUUGA